GCAGUGGUAAUUUUGUUUUGUAUAUAGAUCUAUAAGUAUAACAAUAACAAUGGCAGCCAACUGUGAUAAUAAAUUUAAAAGCGCGUAUCUUACAGAUAAAAACUUACUAUUAUCAUGAUCGUCUUCUUAAAUGAAAUAAAAUGACAAGAUCUUUUGAUUACAAUCAUUGCAGCGCACAUUGUCAAGUUAGAAAAUAAAAAUUCAAAAAAAAAUAUAUAUAUAAAAAUAAACAAAAAACGAAACUGAUAUUAAACUAACAUACAAUAAAGUAGUAAUCUCGAUUAUCAGCAUUUCAGUUGACGAUCAUAGCUGCUACUAAACGGAACACAAUAUAAAAUAAAAUUAAAAAUAAAUAAUACAUUUUGAAAAUAAAAAAAAAUAUAUCUAUAAGUUUGCCACUUCAUUGUGGAAUGCUCACAAUAUAGAACAAAGAGAAAACAAUUUUUUUAAUCGCAUAAACUUAAUUAAGUUUAAAAGAAAACCAAGAGCAUUAAAUAAUAAAAAGAAGAAAAAAAUAAAGAAAACGUAACAUUGACUAAUUGCUUUUAAUUACUAAUAAUUGUAAUAAAAAGUGCAUGAAUACUGUAGUGCUUUAAGAACGGAAAAAAAAAUUAGAACGGCAACUAAAAUGUCUUCUUCAAAUAGUCCCACAAUGCAACGUUCAGUUUCGAUGCCGGCUCAGCCAGAACCAUUGCAAACGAAACCCAUGAAACGUUCUCAGGAAAAAGAAACUCUAGUGGAAGAGGAUUAUUAUCCCGAAAGUCCAAGCUCCGAAAGACGUAAUAAAUCUUUAACCGAUACUCGUGAUCAUUUGGGUUCCGGUAGCCAAAGUGCUAACAACUUUCUGACCACCGAAUGGGCUGGCAGUACCAUAGAACUUAACUCCGAUCUUCGAAGAAAUGAAGUUGAUACUUUUUACUAUCGCCGUAAACCUUAUCGUGUAAUCGAAAAGAAUGGUCGUGAGAAUGUGUCAUUUAAAAAGAUUCCCGAAAAAUCAUGGCGUUAUAUAAGGGAUUUUGUAACAACAUUGAUUGAAUUAGAUUGGAAAUAUAUGUUGACCAUGUUUAUUGGUAGUUAUUUUCUAAGUUGGACAUUUUUCGCUAUACUCUGCUAUAUGGUGGCCUUUUCCCAUGGCGAUCUAAUGUUUGACGAGGUCACGGGAGAACGUUUGGGUGAGGGCAAAGAUCCCUGCAUAAUUGGUGUUUAUGAUUUUACUUCUAUGUUUAUAUAUUCGAUUGAAACACAAACUACCAUUGGUUUUGGUGAGAAGUACCCCAGUGAAGAGUGUCCGGAGACGAUGUUUUUAUUUAUUUUACAAAUUAUCGUUUCUAUUGCCAUAGAAGGAGGUAUGAUAAGUAUAAUUUAUGCUAAAACUGCUAGACCAGCUAAGCAAUUAACUAAAUUGAAAUUUAGUGAUAAGGCAGUGAUUUGUCAUCGUGAUGGUAAAUUAUGUUUACUAUUUCGUGUCUGUGAUCCCAGAGAGCAACAAACUAUAGAAUCGAAAAUACGAGUCUAUAUGAUCAUCGAUAAACCCACCAAAGAAGGUGAAUUGCUUAAAACUCAUACCGAAUUGAAAUUGGAAAAUAAAGGACAACAGAUUAUAGUAUGGCCGGAAAUUGUUUGUCAUGUUAUCGAUGAAACCUCACCUCUGGCUCACUUCAAAUGCGCCAAAGAUGUCACGAAUGCUCAGUUUGAAUUGUAUGUCAGUAUUGUUGGUGUUUCGGCUGCCACUGCUCAAGUUACCGAAGCUAGAACCUCCUAUGUACCGAGAGAAAUCUUUUGGGGUCAACGUUUUAUAAAUAUUAUCAAAUAUGAUAGUUUAAAUGAACGUUAUGUUAUCGAUUAUGGUAAUUUUAAUACUACAAUAUCGGUUGAUAUGACGACUCAGGAUCUGGAUAGGAUAGAGGAAAUUGAAUAAACACAGUGAAAUGAUAAUUGUUAUACCAAAGAUAUAUCCAAAAAAUAUCAUUAGAUGAUAUAUAUAAUCUAUAGUUUAAAUGCCAAUAAAAAGUAUUAUAGAGAUAUGCGAUUAUAAACCUAAAAAA